AUAUUAAUCAUGUUUACGUACAUACCGCAUUCAAAUCAAGCGAGAAUUAUUUAAGGUGCCUUAUAUGAUAAAUGUAAAAAUGCACCCAUUGAAUUCUGUAUGUCAAACUCGAUUCGGCAUUUUACUUUCUUUUCAGUAGCCCAGCAACUUGGAAAUUUAAAUUUAUUCUGAGAACCUGCCAAUAAUAUUUCAUUGCUACUUGAUGUGUGAUUUUGUGAAAGGGCCCUUAAUUAAUGUGGGCCAACUGGGGAAAUAAGCCAGUACUUGUCGAGAAUUGAACCCGAGAAGAUGGACGUAUUGAAAGAAAACGCUUCAGAUGCCACCGUCGAUGAAACACACGCGAUAAAAGUGAAAAACGAAGUUUUCUCUUGUUAUCAUUUUACUGUCACUGACUUCAAUAUUGGAGAUAUUUGGCACGGCUGGUAUAUUCUCAGCUGUGCGUUGAGCGCGGUCUUUUCGAUCACUGCAACAGUUGCCAAUUUGUUAGUUCUCGCUGCGAUACGCAGGACUCCCUCGCUGCAUUCUCCGUCCAACACGCUUCUGUUUGGUUUGGCGCUCGCCGACCUAGGAGUUGGCUUACUUGUUCAUCCACUGUAUUUCUCACUGAUAAUUGGAAAACUUGUACGGAACAGAGAAGUCUUCUGCGAGGCUGGAAUCGCUGUCGAAGUAAUCGCAAACGCUCUGUGUAUCAUUUCCCUCCUGACUGUUACUGCAGUCAGUUUGGACAGGUAUUUGGCGCUGCGACUUCACCUUAGAUACAAAGAACUCGUCACGAUCAAGCGAGCGAUAAUCAGCAUUGGAAUCAUCUGGUUAAUCGGUGCGUUUUCUGGUACGUUAUGGCUUUACACACCCGAGACGGUGAAAUACAACGUAAUGAUCAUAAUAGUGCUAUGCCUUUUAGCCGCUGCCUUCUCUUAUGUUCAAAUUUAUCUCGCGGUCUCGCGGGUUAUACAUAGUGAACUGACUUUGAAGUGUGCAGUGGAACGGAAUGAGAACAUUCGUGAACAGACGGCAAACAUGGCGAGUUUCAAGUCUCACGCUCUCAGUACUUUCUUGGUUUAUUGCCUUAUCCUUUUAUGCUAUUUGCCAUACUUUUGUGUCGUGUUUGUGAUAACACUGACAGGACCUUCAAUUCCAAAGAGGUUUUGUUACGACAUAACUGCCGUCCUGGUUUUCAUAAAUUCUUCUCUCAACCCUUUGGUGUAUUGCUGGCGUCUACGAGAUAUUCGUAAUGCGGUGAAAAAAACCGCAAAACUGUGGGUGCCGUUUCAGACUAAGAGAGAACAAUCAACUUGCACUCAGAAAUGACGGCCCAUGGUCAAUUUUAAUCCGGAGUUAUUUAAAAUUCGUGGGGAGAGACAAUUCUAAUCUAUCAUGGCUUUCAGCCAUAUUAGUAUUAGGGAAAAAAGUUGAAAAAAUUUACUUCGGCUUCAUAAAAUAGGGGAGUAACUCUAGUAGGCCCGCGGGGAUGGGAACAUGUGAGAUGUACUGUGGGAAACUCCACGUGUUGUACACACGAUUAUUCAUCAGGCAUACUGCCGGUCAUGUUUCUACUAGAAUUUUUUUCUUAUAUUUUAACCUUAUCAGCAGCUUUGAUUGCAUUAGGGAUAAACUGCAACCGACCGACUCAAGUAUAGGGGGAGACAGCAAUGGGUUUUAUUUUUAGGGUAUUAUAUUUUGUGUGGUUUUCUUAUAACUGUCACAGAAGUGAAACCAAAAUUAUCACACCUGGCUAGUCAUGCAUGCAAUGAACCAGUUAGAUCUCGAAACCAAAAAACGCGUGCAACCACAUCCACGCGCGGGAAAACAUGUCAUCGCCGGCCGGCGAUAAGCGCAGGGAAAACGCACGUCACGAUUGGUUUUGUUCCUGAUUGGUUGAAAGAAUUGAAAUAAGCACGAUUGUUCUGACAGGUUGCGGGAAGUAUCACGAAUUUUCUUGAACUUAUUAAAGAGAUCAGCGAACAACUAAAGGAACAAAAUCAUUUCCGAUCACGUCGAAGAUCGUGGUCAGAUAAAAACUGAAAUUCUAAAUUACACCGGCUGUCAGGCUUUUGUUUCAAGGACAUCAGCGGUUAACGGACUUAAAGCAGAAUUUGCAUAAAACACCGUUCCUAAUAGGUCAAGUUCAAGUGCUCACAAAAGUUUAUUAACGGGGAGCGUCUUCACUGAUCAUAGGCGAAUCUUGAAAACAUUAUCCUAACGUUUUCAAGUUCACCAUCCGCAAUCUGUCGCAAUCUGUCUCAUCCGCGUUUCUUUUUUAUUUACUGCGUCUUCAGCCCGGUGUUUUGCUACCUUCGUACUGGUUAUCUUGACCUCAGAUUUCCUUUGAAAAGCAAUUAUUGCGUACACUAACACAAAUGUAUUUUCCCUGGAAUUGCUUCCUCUUUUUUAAAGAGAAAGUAGCUCGAAGAACUGAUGUAGAUUACGUACACUGCAAACCGAAGAAAACUCAGUAGUAGGGAAGUGAUCGGGAAGGUCAUCUUAAUCACUGUAAAUUGACGAUAAACUGAAAUGUUUUAAAGCAAUAGUUAAUGCGCCACUCGAUGGCUUGGGUAAUGGCUAUGUGUUCCAUACUUCACACAUUAAUCAAAGUUGUUAAAUUUGAUUGUGUAAAACUAAGAGGCUGUAACUGUAUUCUAAACACGUCCUACGGACUCAUUACAGCACGUUAUAGUCAUCAUCAGUCACAUUUCAUUCGAAACGUUCUAAGAAACAUUAAAAAGUUGUACAUUUUUGUUUUAAAUUCUAACCAUUAAAUUCGCGGACCCGAA